AAAACAGUGAAUAAGUUAUUGAAUGAGAAAUAUUUAGAAUGAGAAGAUGCGACACUCUACGUGACAAGACCAGAUCAGACUGUAGUCUGGUUAUUGCUAAGUAUACGGGAUUUGCCAAGCCGCCUUCAUUCUUCGUUGCUUCUUGCCUUCUAAGUUGGGUUGGAUCCUCUAUUUCUCAUCACCGAAUCUUAUGCGAUAAGUCUCAAGAUGAAGGACAGACUCAAACGCUUCUUUCGUUCGUCGCAAUCCUUGAGCGGUAGCUCAACGCAGCCAAGCGCUUCAGUCGAUCACUUACAAACAAAACCUUACGAUACGGUUUUACCGCAGGAUAAGUCCAGUGCGCUGUCUAUUCCACCAACAACAGAUUCCUGGAACGAGGCACUUCAGAAACUCUCUAUAGAAGACCAGGAGAAGGUCCCCGAAACUGAGAUUCAAAAAGAGGACAACGACUUCCAAGACACAUGGCGGGUCCUUGAAAACGAAAAGAGGGGUAAUAUCCUCGACUGGAUUUCAAGCACCCCAUACGAGGAUCAUCAUAGAUUGGCAAAGACUGGCCGUACACCUGAUACUGGCCGAUGGAUUUUUGAGCAGCGUAACUUCCAAGAUUGGCGGUCAUCCAAGGACUCAAUGAUAUUUUGGUUACACGGAAUACCUGGUGCUGGGAAAACAAAGCUUGUUUCCCGUGUUGUUGAUGGGCUUUUGGACAAUGCAGAGGAACAGAAGGUGGUGUAUUUCUACUGCGAUCGAAAUGAAGAACUUCGUCGGAAGCCUAAAGAAAUUAUUCGCAGUUUUGUUAAGCAGCUUUCGAUUACGCAUGACCAAACUAUGAUUCAUGAUGGUCUUAUCAAGAUCUAUGACGAGAAACGGCAGAGAGGCUUCUUGUCAAGAGGCUUGAGUCUUGAAGAAAGCGAGGAUCUUCUAGCUCAGUUAAUUCCUACAUAUUCCAGAGCAAUCUUGGUUCUAGAUGCCUUGGAUGAAAGCGAAGAAAGUUCAAGAGAAGGUCUUGUCAGCUAUUUCAACCGACUUGUCGAGCAACUAUGUAAUUUGAAAAUCUUCGUUUCCAGCAGGCGAGACGAGAACAGAGAAAAACAGCUCGAAAUGAAAGUCAGCGUUACCAUUGAAGAAAGGGAUAAUCGCCAUGACAUAGAAAGAUUCGUCAAGCAAAGAAUAAGUGAAGACGAGAAAUUCCGGGCUAGCCCUAUUCCUGCAGAGCUGCAGACAGACAUUGUGCGUGUUCUCCUGGAAAAGAGCCGUGGCGUGUUCCAAUGGGCAGCCCUGCAGAUCACGGAAAUACUAUCCUUAGGCCUAGAGUCUGAUAUGCGACAGCGCCUGAGACGCUUACCAGGUGAUCUAGAAUGUGCAUACAAUGAAAUUUAUGAACGAAUCCUAAGAUCCGAUGGGAGCAGGUACAAGAUUGCGACAAGGGCUCUGCAAUUGGUCCUAUGCUCUACAAAUCCUCUUACGGCAGAUAUUCUUGUUUUCUUUGUGUGUCAAGAUCCUGGUACUGAAACGUCGGUAGCUCCAUACGUGGACAUCCAGUUCAUCCUGGACUCAUGCCCUAAUCUCCUCAUCAUGGACCCCUGUCACACAUGUCGACUCUCCCAUCUCUCGGUGUAUGAACACUUCGAAAAACAUUGGAGCAUAGGCAUGUGCCAUGGCAAUGCUGCAAAAGUUUGUUUGACACACAUGCUAGGCGCAAAUAAUCGACAAUCUCCCAGGUAUUCUGCUACGGCCGAGAGUGUCUUCACUUACGCAACGCACCACUGGUUCGAGCACAUAAGAAAGUAUGAGUGCUACAUCGGGAACGCAGGAGGCAAUAAUAUCGACCCCCAACUGUCGCUGCUUGUUGAGAAAUUUCUCGGUAGCGUAGAAGAGAGUGGGCCCGCCUACAGGUCAUGGUGCACACGAUGCGAGCAAAUGCCACAUAUUCCCAUUGAAGACCUGAAACCCUUCUCUAAUCCAAUGCUAGCAAUUUGCCGACUCGGCUUUCAUCACGUACCACUCACAUGGUGGCAACCCAAAUCCAUAGACCCCGAACAAACCAACGAAGCCUCCAACUCGCUCCUAGCGCUAGCCAUCUUGAGUGAAAACAAAAUCACCACCCAGAGACUCCUAUCCCUCAGAGCAGAUAUCAACAGACCACUCGAUGGGCUGCUCGGCAGCGGAUCAGCGCUCGGUGCCGCCGCCUCAACAGGCAACCAGGAGACCAUCAAGCUACUCCUAAGCAAAGGAGCGAAGGUAAACCAGAAACACACCGGAGGAAUCUACGGCAACGCCCUCGUCGCAUCCAUCGCAAGCCCCAACGGCAGAAAAGCCACCCAACUACUCCUUGAUUCCGGAGCAGAGAUCAACCAAGAGCUCAACUGCGGAAUAUUCGGCAGCGCACUUGCCGCCGCCGCCACGCGUGGAGGCCCCAAAGCCACCCGAUUACUUCUCCGAGCAGGAGCGAACGUCAAUCAAGGCCUCACGAGCGGGAAUUACGGCAGUGCCCUCGCAGCCGCGGCUUCAACACACGGCUGUCAAGACACGGUGAAACUACUCCUCAGCUCAGGUGCAGACGUCAACCAAGUGCUCACAUGGGGACACUACGGUAGUGCUCUUGCGGCGGCCGCGUGCGGUGAUCCCGGGAAUAUUAAGUUACUCCUAGAUGCUGGGGCGGAUGUAAAUCAGACGCUCGUUUCGGGUCUCUACGGCAGUGCACUUGCGGCCGCGGCGUAUAGCCAACGUUACUCUGUAAAGAGUCUGCUCGAUGCAGGCGCUGAUGUCAAUCAGAAGCUCACCACCGGGCUUUAUGGCAGUGCCCUGGCGACAGCAGUGGCGAAGCAGAGUGCCCAUAAGAAGAUUGUGCAGUUACUGUUGGAUGCAGGGGCAGAUGUGAAUCAGAAGCUUGCCUCGGGCCUCUACGGUAGUGUUCUUGAAGCGGCGAGGGCGCGGACUCGUCCCGAGCUUUAUGAGAUGCUCUUGGACGCAGGUGCUAAGAAGAGUCAGGGAAGUGUCAAGAACAUAGCAUCGAAGGCUGAUAAGUAUGAGUCACAGAAGGAGUGAGAUAUUAUCCAAAAGAUCAAUAGCCGACUUGAUACAAAC